CGGACGGGGGCGGUGUCCGGGCCAUGGCCGGCCUGUCGGACCUGGAGUUGCGGCGGGAGCUGCAGGCCCUGGGCUUCCAGCCAGGCCCCAUCACCGACACCACCCGGGACGUCUACCGGAACAAGCUGCGCCGCCUGCGCGGCGAGGCCCGGCUGCGCGGCGAGGAGCGGCUGCGCGAGGAGGCCCGGCCGCGGAGCCAGGAGCGGCCGCGGGAGGAGGCCCGGCUGCGUGAGGAGGCGCCGCUGCGCGCCCGGCCCGCCGCGGCCUCUCUGCGGACGGAACCCUGGCUCCCGCCGCCGGCCCCGGGCUCGGCCUUCGCGACCUCUGGGGCCUACGGCGACCUCGGGGCCUCUGCGGCUUCCUGGUCCGGGAGCCGCGGCCUCGCCUACCCCGCGCGCCCCGCGCCCCUCCGGCGCCGCGCCUCAGUCCGGGGCAGCUCCGAGGAGGACGAGGACGCCCGGCCCCUCGACAGGGCCGCGCCGGGCCCGGGCCCCGCAGUCCGUCGCUGGUGGGCCGCGGCCCCGGCCCCGGCGCGGCCGCACUCCGCCCUCCUCGGCCCCGACCCGCGCCCGGGCCUGCGGGCCACGCGAGCGGGCUCAGCGGGCGCGGCGCGGGCCCGGCCCGAGGCGGGGCGGCGGCUGGAGCGCUGCCUGUCCCGGCUCCUGUUCUGGGCCAGCCUGGGGCUGCUGCUCGUCUUCCUGGGCAUCCUCUGGGUGAAGAUGGGCAAGCCCUCGGCGCCGCAGGAGGCGGAGGACAACAUGAAAUUAUUGCCAGUGGAGUGUGAGAAAAAAACAGACGAGUUCUGUCAGGCCAAGCAGAAGGCCGCCUUGCUGGAGCUGCUGCACGAACUGUACAACUUCCUGGCCGUCCAAGCCGGUAAUUUUGAAUGUGGAAAUCCAGAGAAGCUAAAAAGCAAAUGCAUCCCUGUAAUGGAGGCGCAGGAAUAUAUAGCAAAUGUGACUGGCAGCUCCUCCACCAAGUUUGAAGCCGCACUGACCUGGAUACUGAGCAGUAACAAGGACGUGGGCAUCUGGUUGAAGGGGGAAGACCCGUCGGAGUUGGUGACAACCGUGGACAAGGUGGUCUGCCUGGAAUCCGCCCGCCCUCGCAUGGGUGUUGGCUGCCGCCUGAGCCGCGCCCUGCUCACUGCCGUCACCAACGUGCUCAUCUUCUUCUGGUGCUUGGCCUUUUUGUGGGGGCUCCUGAUCCUCCUGAAAUAUCGGUGGCGGAAGUUGGAAGAGGAGGAGCAGGCCAUGUAUGAGAUGGUGAAGAAGAUUAUAGACGUGGUCCAGGACCAUUAUGUGGACUGGGAGCAGGACAUGGAGCGCUACCCCUACGUGGGCAUCCUGCACGUGCGCGACACCCUGAUCCCUCCACAGAGCCGGAGGCGCAUGAAGCGGGUCUGGGACCGGGCCGUGGAGUUCCUGGCUUCCAAUGAAUCCCGGAUCCAGACGGAGUCCCACCGUGUAGCUGGAGAAGAUAUGCUGGUGUGGAGAUGGACUAAGCCCUCUUCCUUCUCUGACUCUGAGCGAUAAACCCUGGGCGGGGCCUGCUCCCGUUCAGCCUGCCCCAGGCCCGUCCACUCUGCGGGCUCGAAAGGGCGCCAGCCCUGCCGGUGCUGAAUUCACACUUGCCUUGACUUGCACCCUCCUCCCACCCCUGGUUCCAAAGGUCUCUGUGGACUCCACAGAGCCACCUCAGUAGGGAAGUGUGGGCUUCCUGGAAGGGCGGAGGGAAGGAGCCAGAGGCUGGGUGGGCAGCUUGUCCUCCGCAUGGGUCGGAUCCUCUCUGCCCUGCUUUGCUGGCAGAAAGGGGAGAAGGGUUUGUUUUUCAUGAGUAGAGAAGAUAAAAGAGCAGCAGCUGUGAGGCCCUGCAGAGCAAGUGUGCGGUUGGGUGGGCUGGAACUCGGCCCCCGCCAGUGAGCGCUCAGCAGUGACGUGGGCGUCAUGCCUGUGGGAGGUGGGUCGGGCUGGUGGCUGGGGCAGCAGGGGUGGGGGAGCAGCUUGGUCCAUGUGCCUUUAGGGGGUGUUACCUGGGAGCUCAAGGGUGAGGGGAGAGAGCCUGUCCUCCCAUUGGAUUGGGCCUCUUUUAUCCUGAAGGGAGAAGGUGCUAGAAAUUAGAACAAGUACUAUAGGAGAACUAUCUAGAAACACCGGGCCCUUGCACACGGGGCCCUCUGGUCAGCAGGAGUGAGCUGCUGAUGUGGCCUCCGGGGAGGAACCUGGAGUAGGCACAGGGGCCUGAGGACAGAGAGGGCCAGGGCUGCCACCAACCACCGUCUCCACGGGCACAACCACGGCAGCCUCCCGGGGUGGGCCUCUUAGGUGCUGCUUCACACAGAGUGGCCGUUUCAGACCAGCCCUGCAGCCACGGCCCUGCCUCAGGCUGAGAAUGGCGAUUCCAGGACCUCGGGUGUGGCGCUCUUCUAGUGCGCGGAGAUCACCUUGUUUACUGCACCGCAGCCUCCGCACCUGGGCUGUUUAACUAGAACUUCCAGCACAGCGUUGGUUUCUGUGCAUGGGGGAGGUGCAGUGGCUGCACCACUGCCCCCUGCUGGCCACCCGAGAGCAGUGCCCACGCCGCUGCAGACCUUCCUCAUGGCCCCCUGCCAGCUCAUCAGCGGCCGGCGGGAGGCAGUCUCCAGAAAUACCCCUGCAGGGGGCCUUGUUAGUUAAGCGCCAGGAGCCUCUGCAGCAGAGCCUCAUCCCCAUGUUCUCAUCUGCAGACCCAAGAGGGGCCAGUGGAGGAGACGCAGCAGCUGCCUCCGGAAGGCAUUCACCACCCCCUUCUGGUCUUAGUGGUGUUUUCUGUUUCCUUAAUAAAGCUCCAGUCUCCCUCAUUUGAGCAAUACUCUCGUUUCCUCUGAUGCCUGGAUGAUCGGCGGGGCUGGAGUCUGAGCGCCAGCCCCACGGCAGAGAAACGGUCUCAUAAUCAGGCUCCAGCUGGAAGAGAAGAAACUGCAACAGGCUUCAGCGUCAGGGCUGAAACUGUUGGAGAAAUAAACUAUUUAUUAAAAAUGGA